AUGGAUGAAUACUCAGUUCAGGAACCUCUUCUUUCGAGUCAAAUAAGUGUCAAGAAAACAUCUCUCUUUGUUUCAUCAGUGAAAUGGAUUCUCAAGAUUCUCAUAUGGGUUAUUUUUGUUGCGUGGAUUGGGGUUAUCUUCCUCUUUCCAUCACAAUUUGGUAAUGAAUUGCUUGGGAAAUAUAUUCAUGCCACCGAUGGAAAUCCUUUUGGUAUUACAGGAAGCUUAUUCCUUGUAUUAAGUGGACCGGUUCUUGUUAUUGCCUUUCUUUCCAUAAUUCAUCUUAUCAUAUCCGGUGUUGAGGAGUUCCAGCAUAAGAAGAGUUCGAAAUAUCCAAGCGUCAGCUUAUGGACAUUCCCUGUUCUUGUGGAUGGACCAUUCGGGGUUGUUUCUGCUGCUGAAUUUAUUGGCAUUCUACUUUUUGUUGUGUACAUUGUCUGGGCCUUGUAUGCUUAUACUAUCAAGAGUCUCAACAGAAUAUCUGAGGAGGAUUUAACCCCUAUGGAGGAAAGAAUUUGGUUCUUGAAAUUGAUGGGAGGUCAUCUUGGUUCAAUGGGAUUAUUUUGCUUGGCAUUUUUGUUACUUCCUGUUGCAAGAGGAUCGGUUCUUCUUCGUUUUAUCGAUAUCCCAUUUGAGCAUGCCACAAGAUACCACGUAUGGUUGGGGCACCUGACAAUGGUGCUGUUUACUCUUCAUGGGCUAUUGUACGUCGCUGGAUGGGCAAUGGAGGGCAACCUCCUGCAUGCACUAUUAUCAUGGAAAGAUAUUGGUGUUGCUAUUCUUCCUGGAGUUAUCAGCCUUAUUGCUGGUCUGUUGAUGUGGGUGACAUCACUUCCUCCUGUCCGAAAGUGGAAUUUUGAAUUGUUCUUUUACACCCAUCAGCUAUACGUGGUCUUUGUUCUUGGCUUGGCAUUGCAUGUUGGUGAUUUUAUUUUUAGUAUGGCUGCUGGUGCAAUAUUUAUGUUCAUGCUUGAUCGAUUUCUGAGAUUCUGCCAAUCACGAAGCACUGUUGAUAUAAUUUCAGCCAAGAGCCUUCCAUGUGGAACAGUGGAAUUGGUCCUUUCAAAACCUCGAAAUCUCCGGUACAAUGCCCUCAGUUUUGUAUUCCUUCAAAUUCGGGAAUUAUCUUGGCUACAAUGGCAUCCUUUCAGUGUUUCAUCUAGUCCCUUGGAUGGUAAAUAUCAUCUGUCAAUUCUCAUAAAAGUUCUUGGGGAGUGGACAGCUAGGCUUAGAGGAAGCAUCAUGAACAUAUCUGAGGCUGAACAACCAGUUUCACCUUCCCAACCUUGUCCUAAGAUUACAGCUUCUGUUGAGGGGCCAUAUGGGCAUGAAGCACCAUACCACUUGAUGUAUGAAAACCUUAUUUUAGUAGCAGGUGGUAUAGGGAUUUCACCUUUCUUAGCAAUUUUGAGCGAUAUUCUCCACCGUGUUAAUGAAGGGAGGCCCUGUCUGCCGCGAAAUGUUUUGAUUGUUUGGGCUGUGAAAAGAUCAGAUGAACUUCCUCUUCUCUCGACCAUUGACCUGGAAUCAAUUUGUCCAAAUUUCUAUGACAAACUAAAUCUUGAGAUUUCCAUCUAUGUUACUCGAGAAUCAGGUCCUCCAUUGGAGGAGGGUGAUAUUCAUAAUGUUACAAUUUCUUCUGUCUGCCCUAUGUCAGAGGGUGGUGGCAUGUCGGUUUUGGCUGGUACAGGUGACAAUAUAUGGUCUGGCCUGUAUGUUAUCUCAUCUACAGUGGGCUUUGUUAUUUUACUGUGUAUGUUGUAUAUCUUUUACAUAAAUCCUUUUAGCAUAUCAACGUGGUGGUACAAAGGACUUCUUUUCUUUGGAUGUAUGCUUGCAAGUAUUGUUAUCUUUGGCGGUCUUGUGGUUGGUUUAUGGCAUCUUUGGGAAAACAAGAUUUCUGCCAGGGAAGAACACAAGGAAGAAAGGAUGAAGCUUGGCAUGGUGCAGCAUAAUGAAGAUGUGCAAAACAAGAACUUGUUUCAGAAAAACCAUACAAGCAUAACAACUAUUCAGUAUGGUUCAAGACCUGAUUUCGAAGAAAUAUUUGGAUCCAUAUCGGAGCGCUGGGGUCAUGUAGAUGUGGGUGUCAUCAUAUGCGGUCCUCCAACUCUUCAAUCCAGUGUUGCUAGAGAAAUCAGGUCUCAGAAUUUAAGGAGAGAAUCCCAUGAUCCAGUCUUCCAUUUCAACAGCCAUAGUUUUGAUUUGUAG